UUACUGAUCGGUGUCGGAACCGUUUGGUCACGCAGGGCACUGAGGGCAUACCAGCCCGGUCACUCGAAGCCCAACAUUACCGGCUUCGACCCCAAGACUUUUGUCGAAGCUGCUACCAAGAAGCGAUACGACCCCUGGGAGCGAUUGGAAUCGUGGCGGUACACUGGUCAGUUCAGCCGCUUCAACAGGUUCAAGGGCGCCUUCCCCGGCUUGGGCAUAGCGACCGUCGCCUUUGCGGCCUACUGCACAUACGAGCACUUCUUCCUCAAGGAUGACCACCAUGGUGAGGGCCACCACUAA